UAAUGGCUGAAUCAAACAUUGCAUAAGAUUAAGAAAGUAUUUUUGAAAUAGAAGAAGAAUUUGAUUAUGAAAAUUUAGAGAUGCCAUAAUUAGUUAGAAGAAAUGGAAUCAUUCAUACUAAUGAAGAAAUUAUUGGUUAUUGUAUUUUGGAAAAACCAGCUGAUAAAAUAUUUGAAGAAGAACAAUGCCCAAUUUGUUUAGAUUCAUCGGAAUAGUUAUAUCCUUUAAAAUGUGGUCAUACUUAUUGUUAAAAUGAUAUAGAAAAGAUGAUAGAAAUCUCGAAAUCUUCCUAUGGUUUACUCUAAUGUCCCAUAUGUAGAGCAUAUUAAACUCUCGACUCAUUUGAUGAAGUUUAGAAUAUGAAACAAUGUAAACUGGAGAAUUGUCAACAAGUGUGUCAUUGAA